CAGGCAUGCAAGUGUGUGUGCAUUAUUAUUACGCAGUGGUGAAAUAGAAUCGAGAAUUGAGUAUUCCGUUAGUCUCAGAGCUGUUCAGUUUUUAUUCGUCUGCUUGGGUAACACUUGUCGCUCACCUAUGGCGGAGGCUGUCCUAAAAGAUUUGAUCAACAAAAAGCAGCUGCUGAAUUGGCACACGGACAGCGCCGGAUUACGGGAUUGGAAUGUGGGCAUGCAGGCGCAGGGGCGUGCACAAACAUUGCUGCAUCAACAUGGCCUAAAGACGGACCAUAUUACUCGCGCAAUAACCGUAGAGGAUUUUUAUAAUUUUGAUAUUAUUUUCGGCAUGGAUGAUAACAACAUGACGGAACUGAGACUGAUUGCCGAGCAACUGGAGCCGCCGGCGAAGUGCCAAAUAAAACUCCUGGGCAGCUAUCUGAAUCCCGAGCAAGAUCAGAUUAUUAGAGAUCCAUAUUUUACCAAAGGUAUGGCGAGCUUUGAUACGGCGUACAUGCAAAUCAAGGAGAGCUGUGAGCGCUUCGUAGAGCUACAUAGGGAUGCGGCUUAAAUGCUUAUUACUACUACUACUAUUACUAUUAUUUAACACUAUUUACUAAAUUGCAUAAGUUUGAAUUGAAUUAUGAUUUGUAUCUCCGCCCGCUGUUAUCUGCGCCAAGAGCUAUGUAAUUUAACUGU